UGCUCCUUCCUUCAAUCGCUGCCGCUUCAUGUGUUUUUGCCAGGAAAGCAGGAAUUCCCGAGUGUGCGGUUCAAAGAGUUUAGCAACACAGCGGAAGUGUUACCCUGUCAGGAGCACCGAGUGUGUGCGUGUGUGCCUGUGUGUGUGUGUGUGCGCGCCUGUGUGUGUGUGUGUGUGUUUGAGAGAGAGAGAGAGAGAGAGAGAGAGACUUCAGCGGGGACUCAGGUGGCACGAUGUGGGCUCGGUUGCUGGUUGGCACCGGAGUUUCGGGGCUCGGGUUGCGGGCUCCCCGAGCCGGUUUGCGGCGGGUCGCUGGAGCUGGAUGUGCGGGGAGGAGGCAGCAGCAGCAGCAGAGACAGGCUUCAAGUGCAGAGGCUACCUUGAAGAAGACUCCGCUGUUUGACUUCCACAGAGGGCAUGGCGGAAAGAUGGUGGAGUUUGCAGGCUGGAGUAUGCCUGUCCAGUACAAAGACAGUCACAUCGCCUCGCACAUGCACACCAGAGAGCACUGCUCCAUCUUCGACGUCAGCCACAUGCUGCAGACCAAAGUCCAUGGCAAAGACAGGGUGAAGUUCAUGGAGUCUCUGGUGGUUGCGGAUAUUGCAGAACUCAAGGACAACCAGGGUACAUUGUCCCUCUUCACCAAUGAGAAAGGAGGGAUUAUUGAUGACCUCAUUGUGACAAAGACAGACCAGGGCUACCUCUACGUCGUCUCCAACGCUGGCUGUGCCGACAAGGACUCAGCUCAUAUGACGGCCAGACUAGCAGAGUUCAAAGCUGCAGGUUUUGAUGUGGAUCUGGAGUUCCUUGAUGAAGCGCUGAUUGCUCUGCAAGGCCCGACCAUGUCACGAGUGCUGCAGGAGGGGCUGAAGGAGGACCUCAGUAAGCUAACCUUCAUGACCUCCACCCUGGCGACUGUGUUUGGUGUUCCUGGCUGCAGGGUCACUCGCUGUGGAUACACUGGAGAGGACGGGGUGGAGAUCUCUGUCCCUCAGUCCAGAGUGGUGGAGCUGACAGAGAAGCUGCUGGCUAACAGUGAGGUUAAGCUUGCCGGUCUGGGCGCCAGGGACAGUCUGAGGCUGGAAGCGGGGCUUUGUCUCUAUGGCAACGACAUAGAUGAGUUCACCACACCAGUGGAGGCCACCCUGGUCUGGACCAUAGGAAAGCGUCGGCGACAGACAAAGGAUUUCCCUGGCGCAGACAUCAUCGUACCCCAGAUCAAAGCCAAGACAGUCAGGAAGAGAGUCGGUCUGGUGUCCACUGGCCCCCCUGUCAGACAACACACACCCAUUCUCAGCCCUGAUGGGAAGGUUAUAGGUGAGGUGACCAGCGGCUGCCCCUCUCCCUGCCUGAAAAAGAAUGUUGCCAUGGGUUAUGUGGAUGCGGCCUUCGCUAAGAACGGAACAUCCAUCCAGGUAGAGGUCAGGAAGAAAGCAGUGCCGGCCAGCGUCAGCAAGAUGCCAUUCGUCCCCACCAAUUACUACUCUGGAUAGUAGGGAGAAACACACAUACACACAAAGAUAGAGAUACAGCACUCUCAUCCAUACAUAUGCACACUAUGCUCAAAUUGGAGAUUUCCUCCACUCUGCCCCUGACUUACCAAUUCCACCCCCUUCUGUUUACAAAUGCAACCCCAAUGGAAGACUGAAAAGUCUAAAUAGAUGAGUCCUCUGAGAGAAAAAAAUACCCCAAAUUAUAAACUGUUAUACAAUACAGUAUGCGUGCUGGUCUAAUGUGAUCAGUCACAGUCACUUUCAUUGAGAGUUUGUGUCAGAGACACUAAAGCUGAGACACUUACAAGGUAAGUGUAGGUACAGUUACUUGGUGCAGGACGUUUUAAACAGAAGACUGUCACUCUACAUACAGUCAGUCAUUAUUCUACCUGUGUGUGUCUAAAAAGUGCAGUGUACGAUAACAUGGUUUCACCUGUGGAUGGAUGUGUGGUGAACUGUGAGAAAUGUAUAGAAGAGGUGCAUGGAAUAAAUUACAAGCAGUAUUGUUGUGUCUGAGAAUGAAUGUAUGACUACAGUAUGUCCUAGAAGCUCUGUUAAUAUGGUUCAUAGACCCAGGCCUGUUUUUAUUUUUCUAUUGUGUAAGUGGACAGCAGGUUAAACUGAGUCAGCUUACUGCACUUUCAGCAAGAACAAAAAACUGAGGCUGUGUGGAUCCAUAAACAGCAGUAUUUAAUUAACUUUUGUUGUAGAAUAUAGGUUUUACUAAUGAAACAUGAUAUUUUCAUCUGUCACCACUGGACCAAAAAAAAAAAAAAUCCAAAUGGCACCAGCACCAGAUGUCUUCAUAUCUGUUUUUUAAGGUCUUUUAAAUAAUACAGAGCCAAAUCUCCAUUAAUAUUAUUGUUAGUUGUAAAGAACUUGAUUAAGGAGUUCAACGAGGGACAGCUCAUAAUCCUGUCAACACAAAAUUCCUACCUGAAAUGUGCUUAAUAACACAAAUAUGCAAGUCCAGUGUGUGGAAUUGGUAUUUUCUGUUAAUUAUCAGAUUUUCUCAUCAAGACCUUAUUUUGGGGGGAUUUGAAUGAGUUCUGGUUUGCUCUGUUGAUGUGGACCUGAUCUCCUCGUCAGAUUAACCUGACCAGUUUCUAAGACUGUUAAUAACAUGUUGAACCUUAAAGAGAAGUUUACAUUACAUAUGGUUCAAAGAUAGUCUAACUUUAAAAGAUUUUAAUUGUCAUUAUGUGUGUUCUGUUUGGCUACUGAUGAAAUGUAGUUUCUUAAACUAGGACAGUUGUCUUUGGAAUUUUUAUCUUAUUUUAUUAAGAUAAUAACACACUAAAUAAAGAAAUAAUACUACUGCUUCAUAGGUUGACUUGAAGGUCCACUGCGUGGACUUUAAUAUUUAGCCGAGUGUUUAUGUAAACAUUUUAAAUAACAUUUUUUAUCUGAUUAUAAAAUAUCUUUUCUUUAAUAAAGGUGAUUUUUGCUUCA